AAAAGGGGGGAAGGGGGGGGCUGCCGGCCGUUCCGGGACCAUGCGCCGCGGUGGCCGCCUCCCGCUCGCGCCGCUGGUGUCGCUGCUCUGCCUCCCGGCGGCGCCCGCGGAGCGCGAGUUCGCGGAGGAGCUGCGCGUGUCCUUGCUGCAGCGCCCCGUGGCGGCCGAGCAGUUGCUGGAGCACGGCGAGGACGGCAAGAUCCCCGAGAUGCACUGGGCCGUCCACGACUGGAGCCAUGCGCACGGCGACUACCCCGUGAGGUCCAACGUGGACGAAGAGACGAGGCAGCGGAGCGACGACCUCUACCUCAGUGUGGGCAAGGUGCUGGAGAGAGCCCGCAACGCCAGCCUGCACUCCCUGCAGAUUGUGAGGUUCCUCCGCGAGAAGAGCUUCGCGCCCGCCCUCGGCAGAGGAUGUCUCUUCCUGCCCAGUGACCAGGCCUGGAGGGGCUUCUACGCCCACCUGGAGCGCCCGUACCCACCGUUCUUCGGGGAGAUGAUCGCGAACUCCUUCUACCCGGACUGCGGCAACGUCUCGCUGAGCGGCCUCACGCUGCAGUUCUGCGACGACCAGAGGCGGUCCGUGCGGGUGGAAUCCGGCUGCCUGGCGUCGGGCACGGUCGGCAGGGCCGCGCCGCAGGCGAAGGCGAGCAACGCGGCCCACGGCCCCCUCGGUCAGGACCAGCGGGGCGGGCCAGCGGAGGCCCACGGCCUGGAGGUGCACGUGCUGGACGGCCACGUGGGCCUGCCCGCCAAGUGGCUCCGCCACGUGGAGAAGAGCCACGCGGCGCUGCGGGGCGAGAAGGCGGCGGGCGCCGCGAGGACAGGCCUCCUGCAGCACCGGCGCAAGCAGCAGCAGCGGCGUUUCACGGACGCCUGCAUGGACAACCGCGAGCAGCUCCCGUGCGUGCCCGCCUCCAAGAAGCUGGUGAUCCCGAUCCGGUUCGUGGUGUGGGGGUCUGCGGCCACGACCACUCCAGGCGUGGACGACACCAUGAUCGAGGACCAGGUCUCUUGGAUGACCUACUCGUACCGAGGCCGGCAGUUGCCCGCAGAGGAGCCCCUUGAGCACAGCAUGUACGGCGAAGACAUGCAGAUGGAGUUCGAGCUCGCCAGGCAGCCCAACGGAGCGGCCGCGAACUACGUGCACGACCCCGAUUGUGCUCAGUGGGCUUUCUACGACACCGACCUGGCAGCGAAGUACAACACAGUCAGUCCCGAGCGGUACUUCACGGUGGUCGUGAUAUCCGAUGACGCAUCAGGAAUCCUCGGCCUGGCGACGCUCCCGCAGGCGGUCCAGGAGACGAGCACCAGCCUGCUGAUGAUCGUGUCGCUGUAUGGGUUCAAAAACUGGGCGCGUCUGAACGGCUACUCCACGUUGUACAACGAGGGGGACACCAUGGUCCACGAGGGUGGGCACAUGUUCGGACUGUACCACACGUUCCAGGGCGGAUGCUCGGCGGAGGGUGACCUCGUGGGGGACACGCACGGUGAGUACAUGCCGAUGUACACGUGCGAGGCCCAGGUGUCUGACUGCCCGGUCGCCACCUACAACCCGGUGCACAAUUUCAUGGACUAUGCGGACGACCGCUGCAUGUCGAUGUUCACGAUCGGCCAGACCCGGCGGGCGUGGUGCGUCAUGGAGCUCUACAGGCCCACCCUCUACGCCGUGUCCCUGCAGGACACCCUUCGGGGGCUGCAGCCGAGCGUGGGGACGUUCGACGAGCUGGAGCGUGCCAACGCGCUGAUGGACUGCGCCGCCGACCCCCGCCUGGGGGCGCCGCAGGUCUUUUGAAUGCGGAGGCUUCCUGGGGGCAGCUGCCUUCGUCUGACGCCAGGCUGGCUGCGUUGUUCUGUGGUAGAGGGAGGGAGGUGG